UGGCUUCGCGCGCACACACUGUUUACGCACGCAUCCACACACGCACAGACGGAGAGAGAGAGAGAGAGAGAAAAGAGUGGAGGACACAGCGACAGAGGUGUAGAAGGAGGACGGCGGCUGCUCCUCAGCAUCUCCGCGGAACUUCAAAGUGACAUUUUUGUUUGAAAUUUUGCUAUAAAUUAUUAUUAUUAUUAUUAUUUUACCGGUUUUGGAAUUGGCGCGAUUCCUGGAAGAAUUUGGUUCGUUUUUGCCUUUUAUUCCCCCAGAUUUAAGACAUUUUUUAUUUCUAUAUUUAAUUUUAACUCAGUAACACCCAAAAAAAAGAGAAGAAAAAAUUCCAAAAAUGAGAUUCCAAACAGCGCAGUCCCCACUCAGGUGUGAUUCUGGUCCACAGCGCUUAAAUCCGUCAAUUUAAGAGCGUUUUCGUCACUUUUUGCUAUUUCACAAACUGAGCGGACGCAGCUCACCUGUUGCACUUUUUUCUUUUUUCUUUUUUGUAAAUGCACAGAAGCGCCACUUUUUGCGCGUUUUAAGAAGUCUACCUGUGCGUUCCAAACACUUCAUUCAUUCUGUGAAAAGAAAAAAAAAAAUCCACACACGCACACACACACACCGCCUCUCCUCCGGGGCGCUUUAGCCGCGUGCGUAAAAGAAAGCUGCGCUUUUACGCAAAAACGAAACAACUCUUUUUUUAACAUUAAAAACAUCCAGACGGUCCAGAUUUAUUGCAGUCAAGUAUACUUCUGCGCCUCUUUAUCAGAGAGGGAGAGAGACAGAGGGGGAAAAAGUCGCGCAGAGCUCCGAGAGACCCGCCGGCUCUCCAUCAUCAUGCUGUUCGACACCUUCGACCUGGUCUCGGCUUUGGCCACGCUGGCCGCCUGCCUGGUGUCCAUGGUUCUGCUGCUCGUCGUCUCCCAGCAGCUGUGGCAGCUCAGAUGGACGGCGACCCGGGAUAAGAACUGUAAGCUGCCCAUGCCCAAAGGAUCCAUGGGAUUCCCCUUCAUCGGCGAGACGUGCCACUGGCUCCUGCAGGGUUCUGGCUUUCAUGCAUCGCGGAGACAGAAGUAUGGCAACGUUUUCAAGACCCACCUACUGGGCCGGCCUCUGAUACGAGUGACGGGUGCCGAAAAUGUUCGUAAGGUGCUAAUGGGCGAGCACACACUGGUGACGGUAGACUGGCCUCAGAGUACUGCAACACUGCUGGGGCCAAACUCGCUGGCAAACAGCAUCGGAGACAUCCACCGCAAGAGGAGAAAGGUGUUUGCUAAGGUGUUCAGCCAUGAGGCCCUGGAGUCGUACCUCCCUAAAAUCCAGCAGGUUAUUCAGGAGAACCUCCGACUCUGGAGCUCGAACCCUGAACCCAUCAAUGUCUACAGGGAGACCCAGAGGUUGUCCUUCACCAUGGCGGUGAGGGUACUGCUGGGCUUCAGAGUGUCAGAUGAAGAGAUGAGGCAUCUGUUCUCGACCUUCCAGGACUUUGUUGACAACGUCUUCAGUCUGCCAAUAGACUUGCCUUUUAGCGGCUACAGGAAGGGUAUCCGGGCACGGGACACCCUACAGAAAGGCAUAGAGAAGGCCAUCAGGGAGAAGCCUCUGUGCUCUCAGGGGAAAGAUUACAGUGACGCACUGGACGUCCUGAUGGAGAGCGCCAAAGAGAACAGGACCGAGCUAACCAUGCAGGAACUGAAGGAGUCGACCAUUGAGCUGAUCUUUGCCUCCUUCGCUACCACAGCCAGUGCCAGUACCUCCCUCAUCAUGCAGCUCCUGCGCCACCCAAAAGUCUUAGAGAGACUCAGGGAAGAGCUGAGAGCCAGAGGCCUCCUCCACAAUGGCUGCCUCUGCCCUGAAGGUGAGAUGAGAUUAGACAUCAUCGUCAGCCUCAAGUACCUGGACUGUGUUAUAAAAGAGGUGCUCAGACUCUUCACACCUGUCUCCGGGGGCUACCGGACCGCCAUGCAGACCUUUGAACUUGACGGAGUCCAGAUUCCAAAGGGUUGGAGCGUGAUGUACAGCAUUCGGGACACCCAUGACACCUCAGCUGUCUUCAAGGAUGUAGAGGCCUUCGACCCUGACCGCUUCAGCCAGGAACGGAGUGAAGAUAAAGAGGGACGCUUUCACUACUUACCUUUUGGCGGCGGUGUCCGAUCCUGCCUGGGAAAGCAACUCGCCACCCUCUUCUUACGCAUCUUGGCUAUCGAGCUGGCCAGCAACAGCCGCUUCGAGCUGGCCACCCGGCAAUUCCCACGUGUCGUCAUGGUCCCCGUUGUCCACCCGGUCGAUGGGCUGAAGGUCAAGUUCUAUGGUUUGGACUCCAAUCAGAACGAAAUCAUGACCAAGUCAGACGAGCUGCUGGGAGCAACAGUUUGAAGGCGAAGAGUUGAAGAGUUGGGGUGGCAACUGAUCAAACAAGUCCCAAUGGCGAAGACUGAAGGAAAGACAGAAGACUUUCAGCUACUUUUCGUUUCCUCCUUUGUUCUGCUGAGUUUGAGGUUCCUUUUUCAGACUAAAUGAAAAGCUGAACUCUUCAUCUCUUGCUACAAUGGUGACGAUCAGGACUUCUGUCAGACAAAGGAACAAGCUGCCAAAAAGUUCUUAAUAACGCUCUAUUCUGUGUAUUUUUUAAAGGACAUACAAACAAAAUUUAUGUACCACAAAAUGCUAUGUAAUAUAAUUAGAGAAAGUGAGUAGUGCACAACAUGAAAAAGAGAGGUAUGGCGGUUCUUUUGGUAAAAUAAAGUGUCAAAAAGAAAAAGUAAAGAGUGAUGGAUGAAAGGAAAGAUGGAUGAAUCAGGGUAUAUAGGGUGAAAGACAAUAUAAUGGCAUUUUUGCUUGUGCUUAAAUCAGCGUACAAUUUCUAUGUAGCAGGGUAAGUAAGAAAGAUUAGAAAAACUUAAGCUCUUCUGGAAUAUUUCGAGCCGGGAUGUUCAAAAAUGUCACCCAUAUUCCACUCGCAUUUAUCCUCACCACCCCUGUUUUUUCUCGAAAAACACCUGAAAAAAUUACAGAAAUGAGAUGCGUUUCAAAAAUGUCCACACUGUUUACUACGUUACGGGUGUAGGUAAGUUAGUCACGUCACAGUAGGCUUCUGGUUGCUCAACGUGUUAGACCAUCUCUACUAAAUGUCAUUGCACAAACUGUACCGUGUUGCAGUUAAUGCUUUGAUUAGUUUAAAACAACAAAUUUCAUGAAAGCGAACACUAAAUCUGUGCAGUAAAGUAAAAAUUUACUAUUAGAACUGAGCCAUGUUGCAACAAUAAGGAAACUACACAGUCAGGAGGGUUUAUGGGGCAGAACACAAUUUAAAACAGAUGCAAACUGGCAACUUCUAAAAGUAUUUUUAAUUUUUCAUACAAUUUUUUUCAUGAACAAAACUCUAUCUGAACACAUCUUCCUUUAAAAAUAUUGAGUUAAGCAGCGAUUCAAAGUUAGUGUAACCACACAGAAACCUGUAUUUGGUGGAGCCUUUUGGUUUUGCUGUUUUCAAAUUGUUUUUAAAAAAAUCUGGGUGGGGGAAAAAGAAAAAAAAAUUCCAAGUUAGUGAGCAAACUACCAAGUUUGACCAAGUCACAAUAAUUGCUUGCAAAGCCAGCUAGCUUUGGUGGUUUGCAUGUAGCUGCCUUGAGAAUGACAUGGUAUACCUUUGAUGUUUGUGAGCUAAUAUCGCAUUUCUAACAUGCCCUCUGUGGGUAACGUUUAGGCUGCUGCCUUCUUAGCUAUUAGAAUAUGAUGAUUCUGUAUAAAAAGACACAAUAGCUAUGGCUCACCACAACAACACACAAAUAAAAUCUACUCUACCAAUCUCUCGGUUGCACAGUUACGACAGAGCUGAGCCAAUGUUACCCCUUCAUUCCCAUUUGACAGAGAAAAGUUGGAUCAACCAACAGCAAUUAAAUGACAAAUGUAACAGAGUCCAACAAUGAACCUGUGUUAUAAAAACCUUCACUUGUAAUGUGUGAUGAAGUUGUACAUACCGUCAGCUAGAGCCUUGGUCCUACGAUGAAGAAGAGUUGGAGGUCUUGUGCUCAUGUUGGCGCAACUUCCUAAGAUGGCGCAGAAAAGAGAGAGGGAUGAAUUGCAGAUGUGAGGAGAAGAAAUCCAUAUAUGCUGCUUGAAUGUUGCUUUGUCAUUCUGUGUUUAUUUCCCUUUCCUUCUCGUUGGUGUAGCCACUUUGAGAUCAGUGUUGCUGCCCCUCUGAUCAACACCAAGAGGGUAAAACAAAUGUGUUUAUGGUAUAAGCAUUUCUUUUGGCUACAAGACAUUUUUUGUUUGAGAUGAUUGCACAAUCAGAACUCUUGAAACCUUCUGUGUCCCAUAAUCUGGGAGAAAGAAAGCUAAAUAUUCCCAGGUAUGGAAAGCAUCUGCAGCAGGACUUGGACUUAUUCACUCAAUGGCAGAACUCUGGGACAUUGCAGAAUCCCUGUACAGGAUUCCAAGUUUUAUUCUGAAUCCUGAUGGACCAUUGAGGUUACUGAGAAGACGUGGUCAAGCUCAGAGGACUUUUAUCAGGCAAGUCAAUUUUGCCUGCUCACUCUUUAUUCCAACUACACCACUGAUUUCUUCAUAUGAAAAAAAUAUAUAUAUGAAAAAAGGUUUAAUUGUUUUUUUGUUGUUGUUUUUUUGCUGCUCUGUGUACAUUUUAUGAUUGAGAGUUAUAGAUUACAACAACAAAUUGUAUCUAGUGAGAUUUGCCAUUUAUUUCAGUUUUAUUAUAAAUUGUAGCUGAUUUAAAAUAUUUGCAUUUUGUUAAAGCAAAAGAACAUGAACAGGUUAUAAUGUAUAUUAAUAUGUACAAUAUUCUUAUCUUUAGCAAACUGUGGGGGAAAAAUCAGCUAUUUACAAUUAAUAUUGUUGUCAUAAGAUAUUUGAAAUACUAUUUUUUAUUGUAUUACAGAUUUAGAGUUUUAGCCUGAAUAAUAAAGUCUUUGGUAAAUGUUGGAUGUAUUUAGAAUGUUAUGUAUUUCAGUUAUAAUGUAAACAGUUUUUUUUAAUUGUUAAUAUUUGAUUACUGUAAUAAUUAUUUGUUUUGUUAUUUGGACUUAUUAUCACAGCAUUUUAUUUGAUAUUAAUUAUAAUUAUGUAAAACAGAAAGCACUUGUGAGGUCUAAUAUCUAUUUUUAAGUGCCAUGCGACUACACAUUUCCCUUGUUUUUCAUCACAUGGUUUUUCUGAAUCUGUCUUAUGCUGUUUUUUUGUAUAUAAUAUUUCUAUUUCUUUUCACAGAAAAGUAUGGUAUCUUAGUUUAAAUAUGAAUCUCUUGCUCCAUACGUCUUAUCUUUUGUUACCGUGAGUGUUAAAUGUAUUCCUGUAAUAAACUAUACAGUGAAAA